UUGAACCAAUGAGGAGAGACGUCAAAUCUACGCACGGUUUUUACAAUUCUGUUGUAAAUAAACGAAUGACAGACGCGACUGACGGUGAAAUUGCCACCAAAAUAUAAUCAAUACGGAAUUCUGUUACUCGACUGUGUGAUAAGACAUUGACUUCAGCGUGUGCUUCUGCACCAUCUCUUUAGGCUGGUGUGGGUUGAUGUCCUUCCUACCCGCCUGUUUGCUUUUAGCCACCAGAGUAGGACUGUGUCGUGCCACACAGGUAGCUUGUGGCCAAUGCCACAGGCUCCACCCGCCGAGAGAAGUGGACUGUCUAGAUCAAGAAGAACCAGCAAGUUGGCCUCAACAGACCUGUCGUGUCCCCACGUGGCUGUUGGACUGAAGAGGGAGUGCCUGUGGAUUUGCCAACAUUGGAGCUAACAUGUCGGAGCUGAAUAAGGAGGUGGUGGAUUUGGUUUGGGGGAGACCUUCUGGUGGAGGAGUGUCUGCCUCCAUCUUCCGCAGAUGGACCCAAGGAUUUGUAUUUAGUGAGAACGAGCACACAGCGUUGGAGCAGUUUGAAGGAGGGCCAUGUGCCGUAAUUGCACCUGUCCAGGCUUUCCUCUUAAAGAACAUUAUCUUUAAUAGAGAAAGUCCAGACUGGAGGCAGUUGUCAGAGGAGGAGCAGAAAACAGCCCUGUGUUCAACACUAAGUGAGAUCCUUGAGUCUGCCUGCUCCAGCCCCUCUACAGGGUUUUGUCUGGUGACCUGGGCCAAGGGACAGACCCCAAACACUAGCACACAUGCUAACACACAAACACAGUCACAGUCCCAAACACAGGACAUGCCAGAGCCGGAGAGUAGCCAGCCACAACAGGAACAGCAACCCACUGCUUUGGCUGCUGAGGACCUUGGCUUUGGGCGAUUUCAUAGUGUUCUUCAUAAGCGAACUGUCAUGUCAGUGUCUGAUCUCAGAGAGGAGGUGCUGUCUCUCUACCACACCUGGAGGGGGUGCUGUGGAGUUUUGCUUUUCCUUUAUUCUGUCAUCCUAACCAAGGGCAUAGAGAACAUAAGGAAUGAAAUCCAGGACACGAUGGAGCCUCUCAUAGAUCCUGUUCAUGGCCACGGAAGUCAGAGCCUGGUGAACCUCCUCGUCACUGGCCACGCUGUCUCAAAUGUUUGGGAUGGAGACAGGGAGUGCUCUGGCAUGAAACUGCAUGGAAUCCAUAAACAGGCGUCCGUCGGCUUCCUCACGCUUAUGGAGUCCCUGCGCUACUGCAAGGUUGGGACAUUCCUCAAGUCUCCAAAGUUCCCUAUUUGGAUUCUUGGCAGUGAGACUCACCUCUCUGUAUUUUUCACCAAGGAGAUGUCAGUGGUAGGUCCAGAGUCUCCAUCAGAACAGGCAAGAAGGGUCUUCCAGUCGUUUGAUCCCGAAGAUAAUGGCUUCAUUCCAGAAUCUCUGCUGGAGGAUGUGAUGAAAGCCCUUGACCUUGUCUCAGAGCCUGAGUAUGUCAGUCUGGUGAAGAGUAAACUGGAUCCAGAGAGCCUGGGUAUAAUUCUUCUGGGUCCGUUCCUGUUGGAGUUUUUCCCUGAUCAGGAUUCAGGAAUCCCAGACUCAUUUCCCGUCUACCACUACAAUGGUCUGAAGCAGUCCAACCACAAAGAGAGGGUAGAGUAUGUGGAAGGGACGGCUCUGGUGCUAGGAUUCGAGGACCCCAUGGUCCGGACUGACGACACUCCGGUGAAGCGCUGCCUACAGACCAAGUGGCCCUACAUCGAGCUGUUGUGGACCACGGAUCGCUCUCCGUCGUUGAACUAGCACUGACGCAGCCCGUGUGGGUCUGUGUACGUGGGUGGACCACUGCUGCCCCACCUCACGCCCCUCUUCAGCCUCCCUUGCACUCCUCAGCAAGGCCGCAAAGACUGAGACACACACGCAACGCAAACACAUGAGAACAAAAAAAAUAUGUAUACAGGAAGUGCGCAUGUUCGUGGACUAAACAUUCAGGCCUGAGAUCCAUUCUUUCGUCGUCACUCACACAUUCCACACAAAUGCAAAACUCACCUCUAAAUUCAUGCUAAUGUCUGUUCACCGUGGCUUGUAAAUGACACGCGGGAUGUUUAUGAUGUGAUUAUUUAAAGAGACAAAAAUGAGUGACUGUUGAUGUAAACAGCUCUGUUGCGGCCUGACACCUCUGCUACAGUUGUGUAGCAGACAGUUAGGAGGUGUUUAGAGAGCUAACUAGUUUGGUUCAACAAGAGUCUGUCAUCAAAUAACUGAACCACAUGUAGAGCCAGUUAACUGUGAGACACAACUGUUAAUCCAGCUACAGGACUGUUCGAGGGAAAAAACCUACCAAAGCCUUCCACAUGUGACUGCACAUACACACAACGCAAACACCCACACACACACACACACACACACACAAACACACACACUGUCACUCCCACUGUUAAGAGUUUACAACGUAAAGGGACCAAUCCAGGCACAGGGAUCUGGAGAUCUGAGGAUAUGAGCAGGAUGUUUUCAGGGUUUUAAGAUGAAGCUGGUUUAGGUGCUCUGUGUGUGCGCGCUUCGUGCGCCACGCUAGGAUGUUGGCCAAGUUCUCAUGUAUUUAUUCACCCUCAAAGGUUCUGGAAUAAACACUUUUUGUUCAGA